AUGGCGGAUAACGAUACUACACCGUCCAUAAGGCGACCGCCAACUUCUCAACGAGCUUUAGCGGCAGGUGCAAUCUCAGGUAUAGCUGUAGAUUUCAUGUUCUUCCCAUUGGACACCGUUAAGACUAGGAUACAAUCUUCAGCUGGAUUCUGGCAAUCAGGUGGAUUCAAAGGUGUUUAUCGAGGUGUAGGAAGUGUAGGAAUGGGAAGUGCCCCAGGUGCCGCUGCAUUCUUCGUGACAUAUGAAGCAUUGAAAGUGAAAUUACCACAAAUCCAAUUUUUCAAAGAAAACCCAGCUUUCAACCAUAUGGCAGCUGCAUCUGGAGCUGAAUACGUAUCAUGUCUGAUACGGGUGCCUACAGAAGUGGUGAAAUCACGUACGCAAACAGGUGCUUAUGGACAAGGUAAAAGCAGUAUACAUUCAGCUAUAUCAACGAUGAAAUUUGAAGGUAUAAGAGGUUUUUAUCGUGGAUUUGGAAUAACCAUUGCUAGAGAGCUGCCGUUUACUUCCAUACAAUUCCCAUUAUACGAAUCAAUGAAAUCACUUUUAUCUAAACAUUACUUGGAAGGUAGAAGACCAAAUUCAUAUGAAGCUGCUUUAUGCGGUUCGAUAGCAGGCGGUUUCGCAGCUGCCGUUACCACUCCUUUGGAUGUGGUCAAAACCAGAGUUAUGUUAGAAGCUAGAACAUCUUCAUCGCCUUACCUCGCUACGACUGGUAUACCAGCACCUAAUCAACCUUCCCCAUCUAUACUUUCAUUCCCGCCUCGUCUACUUGGGAUACUUCGGAACGAGGGUCCAUCGGCUUUAUUUAAAGGUUGGCAACCACGUUGUUUCGCUAUCAGUUUAGGUGGUGCGGUAUUCUUGGGCAUAUACGACUUGGCUUCUAGUAUCGUCAUUGGUGAUGAAGAGAAAGAUAACAAGUUGUCAUGA